UGCUUUUUUAGAAUCAAAUUAUCGCUUGCCUAAUCCAGUAAACGUAUAUGUUUUUAUUUGAUAUAAUUUUUUUACCCUCACCGGCAGCAAAACAUAAAUAAAGAACAUUCAAACUAUUAUUAGUUAGCUAUUCUUUAUUCAUGCUAUUCUUGGAGUUUUGCACACGGUUCCAUGAAAUAUAAAAUAUUUAGUUUCAAUGUGGUGUCAUUGGGGCCCGGGCGCCCUCACAUUUGUUCCCAUGGUAACGGACAACAAACAUCGCGCGCAUUCUCAACGGGUGUCGCGCCGUCGUCCGGUUUGCGAGGAACAAAAAUCGCUUCAUAACGAAACACAGCAGAUCGUCUGAUCGUUUGGCCGAGGUACCGAUGAUACCUGAUACUUGAAUUUUUUUUUUUAAUUCCGUUUCGCGGAGAAGCAAUUAACCUGGACCAUGAGACGCGCAUCCAGCUCACCGAAACCCAGAGGCGGGUCCUGCACCGGCCGCUACCGCACGCUGGCCCCCUCCUCCCAGGUCGACGAGAGCUUGUUCGGCAGCUCAACCACGUCACAGAAAGAUGGAAACUCGGCUCCAAAGAAUAAAUCCAGGAGGACGCAGGAAAGAGAGAUUGUUCAGAUACUCACCAAAGACCUGAUCCGCACUCUCAGGAUCCCUUUGAAGGAUCCUCCAGGGUGUUCCCUCGUUCUGCCAUCAGAAGAGUUUCAGCGGAUCACCUCAAAGUCUCACGUUAUCACCAAGGAGGAGAGGGAGGCCCUAAAGGAGGAUUAUCCGAAGAAGAAAGAAGAGGAAACCAGCGCUGCAGAGGAAAGGAAGCGUCAGAUCUACGAGGCAGACCUCUCGCGGAAGGAGAACCAGGCCCUGAACGAGCUGGAGAUGGAGGCCCGGCACCGAGCGCAGCGCCUGGUGGAGCGGGCCAACGCCCUGAGGAUGGAGGAAGAGGUGGAGAUCAGAGAGCUCAACAAGCUGAUCCUGGCUGCUCAGUGUCAGGCCACACGUGACGACCAGGUGGACGAGAAGAAACGGAUCACGGCGGAGCUGUCGGAGGAGGAGAAGCGGCUGGACGCCAUGAUGGAGGAGGAGCGCCUCAAGGCCUUGGCGACCGUGGAGCAGAUUGAUGAGCUGCACCGACAGCAGAGGAUCGGGGGAAAGGAGAACAUUUGCGAGCAGAUCCGGCAGCAUCUAACCGACAAGCAAAUGCAAGAGCUGAUGAAAGAGCAGGAGAAGGAGCAGGCGAGAGAGAAACUGGAGAGGAUGAACCUGGAAGACCUCAAGGCCAUGGAGAAGAAGAGGGAGGAGCAGCAGCGUCUGCAGGACGAGAUCAUUCGCAUCAACACGGAGACCAUGCGCGCCAAGGAGCAGAGGAGGGAGGAGGAGAAGCUGGCCGACAUCCGAAACAUGGAGUACACGAAAAACAAAACGCAGCGGGAGGCCGAGUACGAGGCAGAGCAGAGGCGCAUCAAGAAGGAGAAGGAGCUGGAGGUCGCCAGGCUGAGGACCCGCCAAGAAAGGGAAAAAGACUACAAGUCAGAGCAGGAUGAGCUGCGCGCCAGGAGGAACCAGGAGGUCGCAGAGCGCGAGUGGCGGAGGAAAGAGAAGGAGCUCCGCGCAAGGAAGGCGCAGGAGAAGGCGGCGAUGACGGAGGCCCGCGCCGAGCAGGUCCGCCGCAAGGAGCGCCUCCUGUCGAUGGAGAUGGCCCGGGAGAAGGCGGAGAGCGAGAGGCUGCUGAGGGUGCACCAGGACGCCACGCUCAAAGAGAAGCAGGAAGAGGAGCGGAAGCAGCAGAAGGCGCGCCAGCACGCGGACGCCAUCCGGAACCAGGUGAGGGAACGAGCUCUCUCGGCCGCGGCGAAGCGCAGAGAGAUGUUCAAGGAGGCCGAUCAGGGCGCGGAGGCGGCGCGGCAGAGGCGCGUGCGCCUCGACGAGAUCAAAGAGAAGAAGCUGACGGAGCUCAAGGCUACGGGGCUCUCGGAGAAGUACUGCAGUGAGGUGGAGAAGAAGGCCCGGGCCUCUGCACUCUGACGCAUGCUGCAGCCACAUCACGUUUCAGGGGGAAGGACUCUGUGACGGACGCUGUGCA